UGCAGGACGGCCGCGGAGGGACAUGGCGGAUGGGGACGAGGUCGGCGCCCUGUAAACGCAGUCACCGCAACAUGCUCCAUCCAACAUGUCACAGCGCGAUUUGUCAGAGGUGGAGCCCGAAGGCGAGCUGCCGGCCGCGAGCCGCACGCUGUUCCUGGAGCUGGUGCGCCAGAGCAAUGCCGCCUGCCAGACGAGGGACUUCGCCAAGGCCGUCGUCCUCUACUCCGAGGCCCUGCAGCUCGACCCCAACAAUCACGUGCUGCACUCCAACCGGUCGGCUGCGCGGGUCAAGCUGGGCCAGUUCGCCGCCGCGCUACAGGACGCCACCCGGGCGAGGGAGCUCAACCCCAAGUGGCCAAAGGCAUACUACAGGCAAGGUGUCGCCCUGCAAUGCCUGGGCCGCCACGGCGACGCGCUCGCCGCCUUCAGCUCGGGAUUGGCUCAGGAUCCCAAGUCCGGCCAGCUCUUAGCUGGACUGAUGGAAUGCUCAGUGAAGAGCCCCCUCAGAGCCAAGCUCGAACCAACUUUCCAUCAGCUAGAGGAAAUGAACCUCAACACGUCUCCGUUUGUAAUAAUUUCUGUCGUGGGCCAAGAACUGCUGGGCACUGGGCACUACUCUGCAGCCGUUGUGGUGCUGGAGGCCGCUCUGAGGAUAGGCUCAUGUAGUCUAAAGCUCAGAGGUUCUGUCUUUUCAGCUCUUUCCUCAGCCUACUGGGCACUUAAUUCAUUAGAAAAGGCAAUCAACUAUAUGCAACAAGAUUUGGCUGUGGCUAAAAGUCUCGGAGAUAUAGCAGGAGAAUGUCGAGCUCAUGGGAAUUUAGGAUCGGCAUAUUUCAGUCAAGGUUCAUUCAAGGAAGCUUUAACGUCCCAUCGAUACCAACUUGUACUUGCCAUGAAAUGCAAGGAUUCUCAAGCUGCUGCAUCAGCCCUUACUAGUCUAGGACACGUUUACACAGCAACAGGAGACUAUCCCAAUGCCCUUGCUUCUCACAAACAAUGUGUUCAGCUUGUGAAACAAAUGGGUGAUAAAUUGCAAGAAGCAAGAGAAAUUGGGAAUGUUGGUGCAGUUUACUUAGCAAUGGGAGAGUUUGAGAGUGCUGUUGACUGCCAUACGCAACACUUAAAACUUGCAAGACGGCUUGGUAACCAGGUUGAAGAGGCCCGUGCAUACAGCAAUUUAGGAUCAUCACAUCAUUAUCGGCGCAAUUUUUCUCAAGCUAUUACAUUUCAUGAAAAUGUGUUAAGAAUAGCUCAAGAAUUAGGUGACCGUGCAAUAGAAGCAAGAGCUUAUGCAGGUCUAGGGCAUGCUGCAAGAUGUGCUGGAGAUUAUCAGCAAGCAAAGCGCUGGCAUGAAAGGCAGUUAGAUAUGGCUUUAUCCACUAGGGAUAAAAUGGGUGAAGGAAGAGCCUGUUCUAAUUUAGGAAUAGUUUAUCAGUUAUUAGAUGAUCAUGAUGCUGCACUUAAAUUGCAUCAAGCUCAUCUUAGUAUUGCCCGAUUGCUUCAAGAUAAGGCUGGUAUGGGUCGUGCAUAUGGAAAUAUUGGCAAUGCCUACAGUGCAAUGGGUUAUUAUGAGCAGGCAAUAAAAUAUCAUAAACAAGAAUUGACAAUAUCCAAAGAAGUAAACGAUAGAAGCUCUGAAGCAUCAACACAUGGAAACUUGGCGGUUGCUUACCAGGCAUUAGGUGCUCAUGAGAUGGCGCUUCUUCAUUACCGUGCUCACCUGAACAUAGCACGAGAACUAAAGGAUUCUGCUGGUGAAGCGUGUGCUCUUUUGAAUCUGGGAAACUGUUUGAGUUCUAGAGCAGAGUUUGCGCAGGCUGUUCCUUAUUACGAUAACUACCUUAUGCUAUCACAGGAGCUUCACGAUAUAGAGGGUGAAGCUAAGGCUUGUCAUUUUUUGGGCUAUGCUCACUAUUGCCUAGGAAAUUUCCGUGAAGCAGUACGAUAUUAUGAUCAAGAUUUAGCCCUUGCCAAAGAUUUACAAGACAAAAUGAAUAUGGGACGAGCAUACUGUAAUUUAGGAUUGGCACAUCUUGCUUUAGGAAACCUUGACACUGCAUUGGAAUGUCAGAAAUAUUUCCUUGCAAUUGCUCACAUGACAAAGCAUUUGCCAGGGAAAUUCCGUGCACUUGGCAAUAUAGGUGAUGUUUUAAUUCGAAUGGGAGACGUAGAAGAAGCCUUAAAAAUGUAUCAAAGACAGCUUUCAAUGGCAAGACAAGGAAAUGACCGAGGGCUAGAGGCUGCAGCUUAUGGUGCUUUAGGUUUGGGGCACCGGCUAUUAAGGUGUUUUGAUAAAGCUCUUGGGUAUCACACCCAAGAACUGACACUUCGUCAAGAAAUGAGUGAUUUGAAGGGAGAAUGUCGUGCACAUGGGCACCUGGGGGCAGUGCACAUGUCUCUUGGAAAUUAUACAAAUGCAAUUAAGUGUUACCAAGAACAAUUAGAACGUGCCAAAGAGCUAAGGGACAAUGCUGUUGAAGCUCAAGCAUUUGGAAAUCUGGGAAUAGCCCGAUUGAACAUGGGUCAUUACGAAGAUGCUAUUGGCUACUUAGAACAACAACUAGCUACACUUCAACAACUUUCAGCUCCCACAGCAUUAUUUGAUAAGGGUCGAGCAUUUGGAAAUCUAGGAGAUUGCUAUGAUGCCUUAGGUGAUUUUGAAGAGGCUGUGAAAUGCCACGAGCAACAUUUAGCUAUAGCCCUGAAACUGAAGAGUGCAAGAGAUCAGGAAAGAGCAUAUCGAGGACUGGGACAUUCUCACAAAAGUUUAGGAAAUCUUCAACAAGCACUAGUCUGUCUUGAGAAAAGGCUUGUAGUUGCUCAUGAAAUGAACAGUGCAGAAGCUAAGGCUGCUGCUUAUGGAGAACUUGGCCAUAUUCAUCGUACUCUUGGUAAUUAUGAACAGGCAAUAUCCUGCCUUGAACAUCAACUUGGUAUUUCAAGGGACCUUAAAGAUAGAGUCCUGGAGGCUGAAGCCUCUUGUGGGCUCGGACAAGUUCACCAACACAUGGGUGAAUAUGCCUCUGCCCUUCGAUUCCAUCAAAUGGAUUUGGAUAUUGCUCUAGAUCUAGGUUUACCAGCUCUGCAAGGAAGAGCAUAUGGAAAUCUAGGUACUGUUCAUGAAUCAUUGGGUAAUCUUCAGGAAGCUAUUCGUUAUCAGGAACAACAUCUUUCUGUUGCAUCUCAAACCAACGAUAAAGUUGCAAAGACAGUGGCCUUUAGUAGCCUUGGACGAAUCCACCAUGCCCUCGGCAAUACAGCACAAGCCGUAGGAUACUUACAACAAGGACUACAAAUGGCUGCUCAUCUAGGAAGGAGAGAGGAAGAGGCUCGAAUUCGACAUCGUCUUGGUCUCGCAUUGUGGGGCCAUGGUGACCUAGAAGGAGCUCAAACACAAUUGGAGCAGGCAGCACAUCUACUUGAAGCAAUACGAAGAGAGGCCCGUGGUUCAAGUGAUUACAAGCUUACCCUGUUUGAACUUCAGACUGCAUCUUAUCAAGCUUUGCAAAGAGUUUUGGUGGCAAUGGGACGGCCUGAGGAAGCACUCUUAGUAGCUGAAAGAGGAAGGACUAGAGCUUUUGUUGAUCUCCUUCUGGAACGACAAGGAUAUGGUGGACAGUCAGUUGCAAAGAAUGGCCAUAAUUCAGUAAUAUCAAUUGUUCAACCCUCAGGAAAUGGAACCAACUCUGGCACGGAUGCAAUAACGGCUGCAGCAAUUGCCUCUGCUAGAGUGGACGAUUGUACACCAAUGUCAGUGGAUCAGCUUGUGGACAUUGUCAAUCGACAGAAAGCAUCAGUUCUUUACUAUUCCUUAGCUGCAGGUUACCUUUAUGCUUGGUUCAUUGUACCUGGAAAAGGUGUUGUUAAAUUUCAUCAAGUGUCUAUUAGUGAAGGUGAUGAGCAUGGCCCAGACAACAAUACUGAGGGAACCUCAUCAGGAUCGCUGUUAGAGCAUUACAUCCAAAGUGUUCGAGAGAGCUUGGGUGUAGAGCUACAAGCAGCUAAUAUGACAAGUAACCCUGAUCAAGAGGACCCUGAUUCAGCCGAUUUGUGGUCUCAGCACCUAGAGGAUGUUGGAGACAGAGCUAGUUUUCUGCGCAUGGUUAAUAGAAAUCAUAUUUUCAAUUCCAGCAAUUACAGUCUCAGCAGUCUAUUCAGUCUUGGAAGUGUUGGUGGAAGUGUGGCAAGUGGGCCAGCCUCACGUCCGGGCAGUACAAGAUCAAGGAGACCAGCUACAACACAGUGGCAAGGACCAUCAUGUCUAGCUGCUUUGUACCAAUUACUCAUCGCUCCAUUUGAAGAUUGUCUCCCAUAUAGUGGACCAAAAUCAUCAUCUGGUUCAGUUAAGGGAAGUGGUUUUGGACGGCGUGAAAUUCUUUUAGUACUUGAAGGUGAUUUAUACCUAGUGCCUUUCCCUGUUCUGAAGCCCAGUGGGGGCAUGACAAACCUUAGUGAUGAGGGGCCUGGAGUCUCCACUGAAUAUUUGUGUGAAAGAUUUAGUCUAUUGGUAGUACCAUCACUAACAGCUCUUCGAGCAAAUCAGCGCUCAGCCAGGGCAGCCAUGUUAGCUGCUGCCAAAAACAGUGAGGGUCAGCAGGCACAGGGUGCGCAGGGCUCCAAUAGUAUGUCAGCUCUUGUUGUUGGGAACCCCCGUUUGCCAAGUUGUGUCACUGAACAGUGGGGCUGGAGUGACAUACCAUAUGCUGAGCAAGAGGCAGCUAUGGUUUCAGAGAUGCUUCAAGUCAGUGCUCUAACUGGGACACAGGCAAACAAGGAAUCAGUGCUUCAGAAGAUUUGUAAUGCAGAAUGUGUACACUUAGCAACUCAUGUGUCAUGGAAACUAUCAGCAAUAGUUCUCUCACCGGGUGAAGUGUUGGACUCCCAGUCAUCAAAACCUAGCAGUGGAAGAUUCUUUGCAGGUGGUCAGUCCAAUGGUUCAGAGGGUAGCCAAGAAGCUUGUGAUGAAGAAGGAUCUGAACUUUCGUCCACUCUUGAGCUACCUUCAAUGUCAGAAUUCCUUCUGACAGCAUCUGACUUGCUGAGUUUGCGACUCACUGCACGAUUAGUAGUAGUCAGUUCAAGCCAUACAAGAGACCACCAUGGCUGGGCCAAUGCAGAUGGAGUUAUAAGCCUAACAAGAGCACUUCUAGCAGCUGGUGCGCAAUGUGUUCUUGUUUCUUUGUGGCCAGUACCAGACACAGCUACAAAAAUUCUGCUGCGUGCUUUUUAUUCUGCUCUACUGCAGGGUUCGCGGGUGAGUAAAGCUCUUGCCGAGGCCAUGCAAACAGUUCAACACACUAAACAUUUUGCCCACCCUGCCAAUUGGGCAGGUUUUGUCUUGGUUGGUGCUGAUGUAAGGCUCUCCAAUAAGGUGGCACUCAUGGGCCAGGCAUUGUGUGAACUUUUAAAAACGCCAGAGAAGUGCCGAGACGCACUUCGCGUUACAUUACAUUUGGUGGAGAAGUCACUUCAGCGUAUUCAUCGAGGACAAAAGAAUGCAAUGUACACCACUCAAAAAUCUAUUGAAAAUAAGGUGGGGUCUGUUAGUGGCUGGAAAGAUCUUUUAAUGUCAGUUGGCUUUAGGUUUGAGCCAGCUGCCAAUGGCAUUCCUUCUUCUGUUUUCUUCCCUCAAAGUGAUCCUGAGGAAAGACUAACUCAGUGCAGUGCUAGUCUACAAGCACUCCUUGGACUCACAGGAACGUCACUUUCAGCACUUUCAAAAUUGAUGUCAAAUGUAGAGGUUGCUGAUGACAUAAUUGGAGUUGUCCGUCAAGUUAUUGGACAGUUCAGCAUGAAGAAUGUUGAAGCAGAAAGCAUUGAGGUACCCAUUGGUGUUAAACUGUGGCAAGUCCCGGGUUGUCAUGAACUGCUGGCUUCUUUAGGUUUUGACCUAAUGGAAGUAGGAACUGAUGAGGUAACACUACGUACAGGAAAACAGGCUAAUAGACGUAAUAUUCAAUUUGUUCUUCAAGCUCUUCUUGCCUUGUUUGAUACUCAAGAGGCACCAAAGAACUUAAGUAUAGAUUCAUCUAGCUCUCUUGAGAGUCUUGACUCCCUAGAUGCAGGUGGAGAUGAUGACAUACUGGAUAGGUCAAGCCCAACAAAUAUUGGUGGAGACAUUGGACCCCCUCCUCUACCCCCUCCACCAUUGCCUGUAGUCCCGACCAGACCAAGACCCUUACCUCCCCCAGGGCAUAGAGCAACAGUUACUGCUUUUACAAGUUAUGUGAGGAGAAGAGGUGAACCAGACGGCCGCACUGCUAAUGCUGGGGAAAGUACAGCCACUCCCUUACCGAAGCCAAUUAUAACUACACCUUCAUCAAAUAGUAACAAUCGGCUUUUGAUUGGACGCCCAGGUGGUGGUGGGGAAAGCGAUGCUGCUUUCACCCCUAGUCCACCUGUAGGGACUCAUAACUCCUCAAGUGCUGAUUUGAGUUCUUGUGUUGCCACACUCACUCUUGCUCACCAGAACAGAAUUCGCACUCUUUAUAGCAACAAUAAUAAUAACGAAGGAUCUUCACCAAUUGCUGAUGGAGCAAGUAAUUCAACUCUCCCACUUGCUGUUGCAUACCACCACAGACGUCCAGAUUCCUCAAGCUCAGCAAGUUCAGCAACUGACUGGGAAGGAAAUGGACACAGCACUGUCUUAAGAAGGGUUGGAAACAUGGCAUCAAACCAUCCUCUGCCUCCCCUUCCACCAAUGCCAACAACACGCCAAGCUCCACCUCCUCCUCCACCAAUGGUUGACCCACUCCAUCCGUUACCCCCUCUAAUGUACAAUAAUGCCAUAGGGUUUGAUUCUCCAAGCUCUGAUUCAGACUUCGGAUCAAGUGUUCAUGCAAAGGCCCAUUCCACUCCAAAGUCCUCAUACAGGGGCAUCAGAUCGCGUAAUAGCAAAGCUCCUCCAGUUAAUCAAGCAACCAUGCCUCUAGAUAGACUCAGUGUCAGAACUGAACUGACUAACUGCAACAAUGUAGAAAGAAGAAAACCGAUGAUUUCUCUCGCUCCCAGUGAUGAUGGUGCUACAAAUGCACUUCAAUCUACUGAAACAGCUGCCCUCUUCUUCCAGGGGCAAGUAAAAGAACAAGCUGCUGGUCAAACCAGUUCAUGUGUCUCUUCUGGAGACCCAACAAGACCAGGCGCUGGCAUUCAAGAUCAAAUUAUGGCCUCACAAUUGAGGCACCUUAACAGGGAGUUGACACCUACAAUUUCUGAUGUGUAUCAUGAAAGGCCCCUUGGCUUGGGUCUAGCACCACCGUUAUCACAAUUACUGACUGCAAGAAAUCUUCAAGAGUCCUUACGGGAAGCUGAUGAUGGUUUGGAUAAAUUAGGCUUAAUGACUUCCACAAUUUCUGAAGAAAAUUCAAGCUGCAGCAGUAAAACAACUGAAGGGUCUACUAAAGCUAAACCAUGGCUAUCUUCAGCUGCUCUUCAAAGAUUUUACCAUGCAGAAGGUGGUGAUAUUUUAAGCGCAGACCGCGAGCUGAAAGCUCGUUCCACUGGAUCUCCUUGCAGUGAGCUCAGCAGACGUGAUGAAGGGGAUGGACGGUCUAUCGCUGAUUCCCAGUGCAGCGCCGGUAGCUACAAAAAGCCCUGCAGUGUUAGUGCAGGGUCUCAUCGUAGCAAAAGCAGUUCAAGUUGCUUUUACUCCCAAGACAUAGAGGAAACAAAAGAAGAGUGUGCUAGAUCCCUAAGCAACGUUUCUGAGCAAAGCACGGUUGACCAGACACCCAGUAUUCCUGCUGUGCCUAUACCCCGGAUGCGCUCAUCGAAACACCAUCCACCUCCACCUCCACCCAUACCAAAUACGAGAAAAGCUUUUCCAGGUGGAUUUAUUCCCAUGUCACAGAAAACAUCAUCUCCGCCAUCUAAAUGUUGAACCAUUGUUUAUCUUCUCGUUAUUUGUUUGAAGCAUAGUUUGCUUAUGUUCUCAAAGAAGAAAUUAUGUUUUGUCAGUCAAGUUCAUUGAUAAAACGAUUCAAGUCAGUCGAGGAUAAUUCCUGAAUUGUCUGUGAUAAUAGAAGUUUAAGAUUUUCCACAUGUGUAUUGCCAAUUAAUUGAGUAGAAAUAUAAUUACAUUUUCAAUUUAUUUCUACAUUGUUUAUGUCUAAAGCAAUAUAUUGUACAAAAUACAAAAUGAAAUGUAAUAUACUGUAUAGCUUAGGAAUAAAUUGCAGUUGAAGGAAAACUGACCA